AUGACCUAUCCUGGCCUGAGAUCACCCAUUGCAAUACUAUUCUUUGGUUCAAUACUUUUCUAAUGUAUCAGUAUUGUGUCAAUUACAGUGCCACCAAUCUAUGACAUUGGUGCCUCAACUUUGGAAAAGAUUUACAUGGGCUUUAUGUUUUGGACUUUUUUCUCUUUAAUGAGGGAAUUCGUCUUCUUUGAGUCAUUAUUUUAGACAGAUUGUGCAUAAAACAAUCCUAUGUUUAUUUCUCAAAAUUCCUAAGAUGAUUUGGGGUUAAUUGAUAGAUAAGGUUCUGGAUUUUCUGCAAUGAAUGCAAUAGGUACAACUAGCAGCUAAAUAAAAAAAUAUGGGUCUUAAUUUGAAAGAAGAAAAUAACUUUAAGAGAGACUAUUACGAGUACCAUUUGACAGAGCCUUGGAAGAAGAAAAAAUUCUGAAUACAGUAUUUCCAUCACAAGAUAUCAAGAAGCAUUAAUUACCUUUGAGUUAAUAGAAGAAUGAUGCCUUAGAUGAAGAUAUUUUAGAAUGUAGAAAAGUCGCAAGAUGCUUUGAUUGCUGUGCCUAUGAGUACUUCGAAAGAUAUGAAGAUGCUAAAUAAUUCAGGAGAGGAGUAGUCUGCUCAGUAGUAUUCUUUAUUGUAGCAGUGACGACUAAAAAUUUUGCUCACAUGUUUUUAUACUACUACAAUAUAGUCUAAGUAGGAAAUCGAGGAAAAAUCUCAGAGUUUGAGCCUCUCAAGAAAUAUUACUGGUUCUUGUUUUUAGCAUUUACAAUAAUCAUUCAGAAGUUCAUGAUUCAUCGAAUAACUGAGGCGUCAAUAAGAGCUGAUGAUAGGAAAGAUAGAAUUAGAAAUCAUUAGUUUGCUAUGUAGAUCAAUGCCUUACUUAGAUCUGUAGAGCUAUUAGUCUUUCUUAUUGGCAUGAUUAAGCAUUUCUAAAUAAAAACUGAUGAAAUAUAGCAAACCAACAAUUCAUUUCAUUAAGACUCAAAGAAUAUAUCGCCAAUUGGUCUCAAAAGAGUAUCAGAUGCAAAAUGA